CUACAAUCACCCAGCUGUUGGACCUGGGAAAUUCUCUUGCUCCAAACCCCGAGGCGAAUUCCGGCGUAGCCGCGGUGCGCUCUGGGAGUGGUAGUUCUCGCGGCUCCGAGAGCGAAUGGCGCCAGGCGGGAGCAAGAUCACGAGAGAACUACACAGAAGAGGCGGGGUCCAGGGCGCGGAAUCUACGCGGCUAGCAGUGGCGAAGGAGGCUAUAGCAGCAGCAUGAAGCGAACCCCAACCGCCGAGGAACGAGAGCGCGAAGCUAAGAAACUGAGGCUUCUUGAAGAGCUGGAAGACACUUGGCUUCCUUAUCUGACCCCCAAAGAUGAUGAAUUCUAUCAGCAGUGGCAGCUGAAAUAUCCUAAGCUAAUUCUCCGAGAAGCAGGCAGCGUCCCCGAGGGACUCCACAAAGAGGUUCAAGAAGCCUUCCUCGCGCUGCACAAGCAUGGCUGCUUAUUUCGGGACCUGGUCAGGAUCCAAGGCAAAGAUUUGCUCACGCCAGUAUCUCGCCUCCUCAUUGGUAACCCCGGCUGCACCUACAAGUACCUGAACACCAGGCUCUUCACGGUCCCCUGGCCAGUGAAGGGCUCUGAUGCAAAGUACAAUGAGGCCGAGAUAGGCGCCGCCUGCCAGACCUUCCUCAAGCUCAACGACUACCUGCAGAUUGAGACCAUCCAGGCGCUGGAGGAACUCGCUGCCAAGGAGAAAGCCAAUAUCGACACCGUGCCGGUGUGUAUAGGUCCAGAUUUCCCCAGGGUCGGCAUGGGGUCAUCCUUUGACGGCCAUGACGAGGUGGACAGGAAGAGCAGAGCCGCGUACAACCUAACUUUGUUGAACUUCAUGGAUCCCCAGAAAAUGCCGUACCUGAAAGAGGAGCCCUACUUUGGCAUGGGGAAGAUGGCUGUGAGCUGGCAUCAUGAUGAAAAUCUGGUGGACAGGUCAGCGGUGGCAGUGUACAAUUAUAGCUGUGAAGGCCCUGAAGAGGAAAGCGAGGAUGAUCCCCAGCUCGAAGGCAGAGAUCCCGAUGUGUGGCAUGUUGGCUUUAAGAUCUCAUGGGACAUAGAGACCCCUGGUUUGGCGAUACCCCUUCACCAAGGCGACUGCUACUUUAUGCUGGAUGAUCUCAAUGCCACCCACCAACACUGUGUUUUGGCUGGUUUACCACCCCGGUUUAGUUCCACCCACCGAGUGGCCGAGUGCUCGACGGGAACCUUGGAUUACAUCUUACAGCGCUGCCAGUUGGCCCUGCAGAAUGUCCGUGAUGAGGCCGACAGUGGUGAAGUCUCUUUGAAAUCCUUGGAGCCUGCGGUUUUGAAACAAGGAGAAGAAAUCCACAACGAGGUCGAGUUUGAGUGGCUGAGACAGUUUUGGUUUCAAGGCAAUCGAUACAAAAAGUGCACGGAUUGGUGGUGUCAACCCAUGACUCAGCUGGAAGAGCUUUGGAAGAAGAUGGAAGGUGCGACCCGUGCUGUGCUUCGUGAAGUUAGAAGAGAGGGGGCCCCUGUGGAACAGAGCAGUGACAUCCUGACUGCCAUCCUAGCCGUGCUCACCACUCGCCAGAACCUGAGGAGGGAGUGGCAUGCCAGGUGCCAGUCCCGAAUUGCCCGAACUCUGCCCGUGGACCAGAAGCCAGAAUGCCGGCCGUAUUGGGAAAAGGAUGAUCCCUCCAUGCCUCUGCCGUUUGAUCUCACAGACACUGUGGCCGAACUCAGAGGUCUGCUUCUGGAAGCCAAACCCUAGAGAAAGAGCCCAAGUCUCAGGUGGAGGAGGAAAGGAUAUGUUUUGGCUUCUCUCCUCCAACCUUGUCCAGGGCUUAGGCAAGGGCAGUGUGGGUAGACUUGGCCUUGCGAUUACAGAACAUGAGACCCAGUGGCAAACAGCUAGCCCGGGGCCUGUGAAUACUCAAAUGCUUAAAGAGUGACCCAGUGUGACAGUGAUUUGGUAUUAAAUGAGAAAUCUCCCCGCAAACUAUUCCCCACUUAGUUUUUAAAUGGGAGGCAUUCUGCUUGCAAGGCCUGGGAAGCCUGUGGUGGCACCUAACCUACUUUCCUCCUUCUCAGGCCUUUUCAGAGACUCGGCAGGGAGUCACUGAAGGGAAGUCAGAACUCAGAGACAUUUAGCCCAUUUUUUUCAACCACACCCUUUAGAGGCUGUGCAGUCCAAUAUGGCAGCCACUAGGUUGAUGUGGCUUCUUGAAUUUAAAUUCAAUUUUAAUUAUAAUUAAAAGUUCAGGAGUUCCUGUGGUGGCCCAGCGAUAAUGAGCCUGACCAGUAUCCAUGAGGAUGCUGGUUCCAUCCCUGGCCUCACUCAGUGGGUUAAGAAUCCGGGGUUGCCGUGAGCUGUGGUGUAGGUCGCAGACGCGGCUCGGAUCCCCUGUUGCUGUGGUGUAGGCUGGCAGCUGCAGCUCUGAUUCGACCCCUAGCCUGGGAACUAACAUAUGCCAUGGGUGUGGCCCUAAAAAAGACCAAAAAAAAAAAAACUUUCAAUUCCUCAGUUGCACAAGCCACAUUUCAAAUGCUUAAGAGCUGCAUAUGGGCUAGGGGCUACCAUACUAGAAACAGAACAUUUUUGUCAUUCUAGAAAGUCCUCCAUGCCAGUAUUUCUCUCAAAAAUUUGAGAGCAGGAGAUUGUUUUCCACGUGUCUGGAGCUGCUCCCCCAACAGGUGAAAUAAAUUAAGAGAACUGCCUCAUGGAAGAGUGAACUCUUUCUCUUAAGACAGCCCCCAGUAAGAAGUCUGGGCUUUGAGUCCUGUACCCUACACACAGAAAUGGAGAGGUGUUGAAAAUUAAAAUAAAGUUGACCUCCUGUCUUAUGGAAGCUUCCAUGAUCUACUUAAUAGAAGAGACACGGCCCUAUUUCCAUGGCUUCCGGGAUUUAGCCAGCAUACCAUGUAUUUUUCUAUAAUUCCCCCGUCACACAUAGUGACAGGUGGAAUUGAGGUGGGAAGAACCCUCGUACCCCAUCCCGAUGAUGUUGGAACAGCAGAGAGACGAUACAGAGGUUCAUUGGGCUUUGGUUUUCCAGUGCCUGGAUCCAAACACCCACUAGCUUGUGACCUUUGUUGUGUCAUCGUGCCUUGGUUUCCUCUUCUGUGUAAUGGGGAUACUCCAGGCACCACCGACUCGCAAGGUGAAGAGGAAACGAAAUAACCUAUCUACAGACUUAGGAAUGGCUUCUGACUUAGCUACAGACUUAGGAACAACUUCUGACACGUAGUUAGAUACCCAGUAAAUAUUAGUAUUGUUAUCUAUCAGUAAGCUGAGCUGCGGUAGGCAUUCUCCCCUCCCUUCCUCCAUCCUUGCGCCAGUCUUGUCUUGUGAUGCCAUGAACACAUCACUCCCUUUUGGACCUGACUCCCACCCUCUGAGGACCCUCAGAAAUCCUGAGACGAGUUAGCCCCCCUCCCCAGACUCCUCCUGUAGUUGUUUGCCGUAGUUGGGAAGCCAGAGAGCCAGACUCCUCCCACCGUCAGCAUCUCACUGGUUCAAGGAGAGGUUCAGUCAGUCAUUCACGUGGAGUUCGCCCCAGAGAGAUCACAUUAUGCAAAGCAGCUGAGGUUUCAUCAUCGUGUGACUUGAGACUCUGAGACCUUUGGAUAAAUUCCCCGAUGUCCUUGGGCCUCCAUCUCUGGAUCAGUAAAAGAGAGAUGAGUUCCCCUGUGGCUCACCGGGUUAAGGACCCAGCGGCUCAGGUCACUGCUAGGUGCGGGUUUGAUCCCUGGGCCCAGAACUUCCAUGUGCCAUGGGCGCUGCCAAGCAGGAUCGUUGGAGAGAGAAAAUGAAAUCAUGUAGAUAAGGCGUAUGGGGCACAGAGAGGUCACCGGCAGGGCAGAGCAGCCUAGCGUUUUAGUUAACCCCCACGACGUUUGUUCCUUGUUCUAGUUCAGCGGGUACCAAUAUUUUAAAAUUGGGAGAUUUCAUACAAAAGAAAACUGUGUGCAUUCUCUUUAGAAUUCAGAACACCUGGUAGCCCUACCCCUCCACCCCGGCCUGGCAAAGAGCUAGUAGCAUCCUGUCUCUCUCAGGCGAGGUAUGAACUCUCUGUGGCCCCCCUUUCUCCCUAUUUCUACAUUUAUUGUGAACCUGAUUGGCUUUACCCCUUCACGUCAGCUCCAAACCUGCUCGCUUGCACCCCUAGUGUAGAAAAAAAUGAUACUGUUUCGUGCGUACCCCAUUAUCUGUGUGUUACUAUGGAGCUAUAUUGUGACUGCUUGUAACUCAUGUGUCAUGGACAUGGUAAAACAUUCAUAAAUAAUAAAAAUAUUAUAAGGACACAAUAAGAAA